AUGAUCAAUAUUAUUCAACUUAUGUUCGUUAAUUUACCAAUAGCAAUUGAUGGAAUGAGUAAAAAACAAUUUUCUACAGCAGUUGAAAUGGGCCAACAAGUAUCUUUAUCUAAUUUAAAAGUUAUCGAUCUACUUGCAACAAAUAAUCAACAUUCGGUUAAAGCAUUAUCCGAUGGUAGAAUAGAAGAUGUUUAUUUAUUUUUACCCUUAGAUGUUAUGAAUUCAAUCAGUAAAAAUUCGAUCUUAUGUUAUAAUCAGAAAAAUUCGAUUGAAUUACCAAUUACAAAAAAAACAUUAACCAAAUAA